AUCAAAAAUUCAAAAUCCAAAAUCAACAUUUACUGUAUGCUUAGUUUAAAGCUAUUCAAAUCAUAACACCAAUCAGAUAAGAAACAUAUAAACAUAGUAUUAUCACGUAUGGGAGCAAUGAAGGUUCCUAAAGUGACUAGCAUACUAUUGGUUGUUCUAGUAUCAUUGACAUUCCUUAACUUUGUGCUUAAGUAUUAUACUUAUUUUGUGCUAAUAGUAUCAUCAUCCAAAGAAGUAGCAAAUGAAGUCAAUGCCAUAGCUCAAGAGACAGGAGAAGUACCACAUCCUCAUGAUUUAUACGUCCCAUUACUCACAUUCAUACCUACGCGUUCCCCCAUCAUCUCUCGACCCUGGGUGAUGAUUACCAGUAGUUUCAUAGAAGAGAAUUUCUUAGGUUUAACAGUUAGUUUUAUGCUAUUAUUCUAUUUGGGAAAGUAUCUUGAAAAUUUAUGGGGGCCUCAUGAAUUUGCUAAAUUUAUUCUUGUGAAUGUCAUACUAUCGAAUCUCACUAUCUAUGUCUAUUAUACAGUGAAAUCUAUCAUCUUUUUCCGAUAUGAUGAUCUUCCAGUCCCACCUGUGGUGAUAUCCUCUAUGGCGAUCAAUAUGGGAUUAUUCGUAGCUAUCAAACAACGAAUUUCAAAUCAUUAUUUCAUAUUCUUUAAAGGAAAUUUACGUGUUAAGGUUACAUUCUUACCAUUCAUUUUAUUAGUUACUUGUUUCAUUUUACAAUUUUUAAGUGAAGAGUUUUAUAUUUCAUUUAUACUAAGCUUUUUAGGAUUUGUUAUCAGUUGGGUUUAUUUAAGAUUCUUUAAAAAAGGUACCAAUGAAAGACAAUCCUAUCUUUUACCAUUUGCCUUGAAUCGGAAAAGGUCGGGUAAGAAUAAAUUCAAACCAACUAGUUCAAACCCAACUUCUAUCAAUGGAUCAAAUCAUGCUGCUGAUAAUUCUUUACAACUUGAUAAUGGAUUGAUAAGAGGAGAUAGAUCAGAACAAUUUUCAUUCUAUACAUUUUUCCCAUCCCCUAUAUCGAUGUUUGUGAAAUUAAUAAGUGUAUUGGUAUUCACUACCUUGGUUCAUUAUAAAGUGAUUGAUCCUAAUGAUUUCACGGAUUUUGAAGAAGAAGAUAAUGAUCAAUUGAUCUUGGAAGAUGUUGAUAAUUUGCAAACUGGAUUAUUUGAUUUAUCACCAUUGAAAGGAGCAGGAAAUGUAUCGGCGAUACCUAAUGCCAGUUCAACUCUUAAAAGAAUAUGGAAUUGGGUUAUACCACCGCAUUCAGCCAAACCAUUAAGUAUUAAAAAUAGUAUGGAUAAGAGGAGAAAACUUGCAUUAAAGGAAUUGGAAUAACCUUUCUUUAUGGAAGAUUUAUACAGACACGAAUUUAAUAGAUUUAAAAUAGGUAAUAAAUAUAUACAAAUAUUAAUGU